UAUUAUAUGACACACUUUGAGUCUUUUGAUUUCCGAAAUGACAUUUUCAUUUACUUAAAAAAAUAUUAUUCGGUAGCUGUCUUCCGGACAUUUCGGGGAAGGAAAAUUAAUUUGUAGAAGGACAAUGUCAGGAAUUGCACUUGCUAGAUUAGCAGAAGAAAGGAAGAGCUGGAGAAAAGACCACCCUUUUGGGUUUGUGGCGAAACCUACAAAAAACCCAGAUGGAACGCUGAACCUUUACAAUUGGGAGUGCAAAAUACCUGGUAAAAAAGGGACACCAUGGGAGGGAGGGUUACUGACACUACGCAUGCUAUUCAAAGACGAUUAUCCUAGUUCACCACCUAAAUGCAAAUUUGAACCACCUCUGUUCCAUCCCAAUGUAUACCCAUCAGGCACUGUGUGCUUAUCACUUUUGGAUGAAGAGAAAGACUGGCGGCCAGCAGUUACAAUCAAACAGAUUCUGCUAGGAAUCCAGGAACUGCUCAAUGAACCUAACAUCAAGGACCCUGCACAGGCUGAAGCAUACACUAUUUACUGUCAAAAUCGGACAGAAUAUGAAAAUCGAGUUCGUGCUCAGGCACUCAAAUUCAGGGACACCUCGAUUGCAAACUGAAGAUUUCCUGUAAAACCAAAAGGACAAAGUGGAAGUGGACAUUUGGAUGCUGGGAGGAGUCUGGAUGAUCAUCUUAUCACCAAAUUUUGUAGUCACAAGACGUCAGUCACCAUCCAGCUUUUUUUUUUAACAAGGACCCCAAGGAUAUUGUCCAAACGUUGCUCGAACUGAUAAUUUUAAAACUUGUGGUGCAGGUGUUUUUUAUUCCAUGGUUUUAUUGUGAUCGUUUUGGUGUACUGCAUCAUGAUUAACAGAAAUUUAAAACAGGAUUGACCUGAAAACUGAGAGACUUGUACCUGCAUUGGUUACUUUUUAUUUCUCUAUGUCAUUAAAAUGCUGUGGUUUGAUC